AUAAAAAAAAAAUCUAAUCAGUUUAAGCAAGAUAUCGACAGGAGUAUAAUGUUACUGUCAAUAAUUUUUCUGAGCAUAAUUGCCACUGCAAUAGGACAUCCAUCAAACCUAAAUGGCAUAAAUAAAUAUCUACAUUCUGAUGUUAAAAUAUAUGGUGGUAGACCAACGACAAUUGAUAAAGUUCCUUAUCAAGUGAGUAUCUACAAAAGUGGAAAAUUUUAUUGUGGAGGAAGUAUAAUAUCAGAAAACUGGAUUAUAACAGCAAGCCAUUGUCUCAAUAAUAUUGUAAGCAAUGAUUUUGAAGUUUAUACAAUAAGAUCUGGUAGUACAUAUCACAAUGAAAGUGGAACAAUUCAUACUGUUGCUGAUAUUGUUAGACAUGAAGAUCAUGGUUUAGAUAUUUGGCGUCAUCCGGUCAAUGACAUUGCAGUUGUUCGUGUAAAUGAAAAAUUUACAUUUGACAAUACACGUAAAUCAAUUAAACUUUUCGAUGAAAAUGAAAUUGCACCAGAAGAUGCUGAUGCAAUAAUAAGUGGAUGGGGUUAUACAGAAAAUGGUUUACCAAUAAAUUUACAAAUAGUUUAUGUACCAAUUAUUAAUAAAGAAAAGUGUUUUGAUUAUUAUAAAACUACUGGUGGUAUACCAGAAAAACAAAUAUGUGCUGGUUAUGCUGAUGGUGGUAAGGAUGCUUGUACAGGUGAUUCUGGGGGUCCACUUGUGCUUGAUAAUCGUUUAGUUGGAAUAGCAUCUUGGGGACGUGGAUGUGCACAACCAGGUUGGCCAGGUGUUUACACUGAAAUUUCAGCUUAUCGAGAAUGGAUCACCAAACACACUGGCAUAUAAAUCAUUCAGUUUUUAAUAUUUUAUUUAACAUUAUUGUAUAUCAAAGAUUUUUUAUUAUCUAUCAAGAAAUAUACAUGUUGCAGAGUAAAAUUAACACAUACGAGGAAAUUCUAGAAUAUAGAAUUUGAGGUUUUUAAUAAUAGAUAUAACCACGCCUUCUAGUUUACCUAAUUGCUUUGAGCUAUUCACUGUACUUGUCUUCUAAUUAUUAGUUGAUUAAUAUCGUCACAGUUUGCCAACAAGUAAGAUUGAUUAUACACGCACGACAAAUACAAUAUUUCUUGCUUAAUUUACAGUAUGUUUCUAUUUCAAAAUCAAAAUUAUCAUCAUAUAAAAUACGACAAAAAAAAAAAAAAAAACAAAGAUCUUUAUAAAUGAUGUGAAACAGAGUGUGUACCUUGACUAAUUAAAGUAUAUUUGAAAUUCAUCUACUACACACUGUGUCAAAACAAGAUUUUAAUUUUCUUGUUAAAUUAACGUAUGUCAUGAUCAUAAUAAAUUAAUAAUCAUAUUUAUUACAAGUUUAUAAAUAAACAAAAUAUAAACUACAUAUAUUUUCUAUUUCUUUAAAAUAAAUUGCUGAUAAAUUUAAUCAUCAAAAUUUUUCAUUUGAAUAAAUACAAAAUAAGAAAAAAUGUAGCUUAUGAAAAAAAAAAAAUUAGUAGUAAUGUGAUAUAGUUAUUUUGCAUAAAAAUCUAUGGUAAAAUGAAUGGUAGAUAAAUAAAAUAGUAUAUAUAUGUAAAACUAAAAACAUUAAGUGGGCGGGAAAGUAGCAGGAAGCAAUGGAUCAAACUCGCUAGGGCCAAAGUAAUUCAAGCAAGUUUCUUAUAUAUAUACACUUGAACAGCCGUUUGUCUCUACAAAGGGAUUGAAUAUAUGCAAUAUUAAAAUGAAUAAUAAAUUAUCAAAAUAUAAAUAAAUUAA